AAUAUUAUAGUAUUUUGAAUGAUUUAGUUUUAUUUUCAAUAUCUAAAUAAAUCCCAAAAUCAUAAUAAUUCUCCACGUGAUUCUACUUUGCCCUUAAUUUCGAAUGUACAAAGACGUGUAGGUUAGAAAUCAUGUUCACACCUUGGCUGAUAAAACGCCCAUGGUGUAUCAAGUUUCAAAAAAGAUAUGUGUCAAAAGGCAAAACAAUCGUAAAAAAUGAACAUGGAGAACAGGAAAUCACGAAAAUUCGGAACAUCGGAAUUUUGGCACACAUCGAUGCUGGCAAAACCACUACCACAGAAAGAAUGUUAUACUAUUCUGGUCUCAUUAAACAUAUGGGAGAGGUUCACCAUGGGAAUACGGUAACAGAUUAUAUGGAUCAAGAACGUCAGCGCGGUAUAACCAUUACUUCUGCAGCAGUGACAUUUCAAUGGAAAAACUACCGUAUUAAUUUAAUCGAUACUCCAGGACACAUUGACUUCACUAUGGAAGUGGAGCAAACCUUAAAAGUAUUAGAUGGAGUAGUAGUCAUAUUAGAUGGAAGUGCAGGUGUUGAAGCUCAGACAUUAACAGUCUGCAGACAAGCUGACAGAUAUGAUAUUCCUAGAAUUAUUUAUGUAAAUAAGAUGGACAGGGCAGAUGCUAAUUUUGAUAGUAGUUUAAAAUCUAUUGAGUCCAAGUUAGACACAGAAGUAUUACCUACGCAAUUCCCAAUUAAAGAGAAAGGAAAUUUAGAAGGAAUCGUGGAUGUUAUUACUUUAGAAAAAUUGAUCUUUACAAAGAAAGAUAUGGGUAUGAAAUAUUCAAGAGUAAAAUUAUCUGAGAAUGAAGAUACAACUUUAUGGGAGAUGGCAAAUGAAAAACGUAGAAGCUUAGUAGAUAAAUUAUCCAACAUGGAUGAUGAAUUAGCUAACAUAAUAAUAGAACAGGAAUCUUUGGAUGCAGUAACUCCACAAAUGUUAAUUGAUUCCUUGCACAGAUCAACUAUCAGUAGAAAAGGUGUUCCUGUGCUCUUAGGUAGUUCUUAUAAAAAUAUUGGAGUUCAACCUUUAAUGGAUAGCGUUCUCUUGUAUUUACCAUCACCCAAUAAAACUAAAUCUUCUGCGUAUUACCGUUGUUUUAGUGACAAAGUUUGCGCCAGGGCAUUUAAAAUCGUCCACGAUAAGCAAAAAGGACCAAUUACAUUUUUUCGAAUUUAUAGCGGCAGUUUAAAAAAAGGCAUGAAGCUAUAUAACGUCCGCAAAGAAGAAAAGGAACUCGUAGGAAAAUUGUAUAUCGCGUACGCUGACGAGUACCAAGAAAUACCGAACAUCACAUGUGGCAAUAUUGCAGCAAUAACGGGAUUAAAAAGUACAACAGCUGGAGAUUUAGUAACGACCGAUCGAACAACGAUAGAACAAGCAGAAAAGAAACUAAGGACAGAGAAAGGUGUUACACCGGAAGAUGUAGAGAAAGUAUUUGACAACAAUAUUAGGACGUUAGAGCCAGUUUUUUUUUGUUCAAUUGAGGCGCCAUCGUUAUCUACACAAACACUUUUAGAGAAGGCUCUUCAGGAACUCGAAAGAGAAGAUCCAAGUUUAAGAGUAACUCAAAAUGAAGAAACUGGUCAGAUCGUGCUUGGAGGAAUGGGUGAACUGCAUUUAGAAAUUAUCAAAGAAAGAAUUAGAACCGAAUAUAAGGUCGAUGCUGAUUUAGGUCCUUUGCAAAUUUCCUAUAGAGAAACUAUAAAGGAACCUAUUUUAGAUACCUUUUCGACUGAAUAUAAGAUAGGAAGCGCUAAUUUAAAAGUUACAAUAAUCAUGUCGUUGAUACCGAACUAUCAAGGAAAGGAGACUUUAUUAUUAGAUAAAUCACAGAAUUAUGCUAAUGGCUUAAAUGCUAUACCGGCACAUAUAAUGAAGGCAGUGAGGAAUAGUGUUAAAUCAAUUCUUUUACACGGGCCGAAAUUAAGUUAUCCGGUCGUAAAUAUGGGCGUUAAAUUGCAUAGUUUAGAAUAUGAGUCUGGUACCACGACAUCGUUAAUCAGUGCUGCUGUUUCUCAGUGUAUUCGACAGUUGAUGAAGAAUGUUGGAAUUACACUUCUAGAACCUGUAAUGCGAGUCGAAAUUGUGGUGCCUGAGCAAUAUUUAAGUGCCAUCAUGAAAGACCUGCCGAAAAGACGUGCAGAAAUAAAAUAUAUCGAUGCCUAUAAACAAAACAAGGUGGUUCACUGCCUUGUUCCAUUAGUCGAGUUACUAGGAUACUCAAAAGCAGUGAGAAUAAUCUCAUCAGGGCAUGCAACGUUCUCGUUAGAAUUUGACCAUUACGAAGUAAUGGAUUCGACGAGCGAAGCAGAAGCGAUUAAAAGAGUUACUGGAUUCUAUUAGAAAAUUUGGAAAAUUCUAUUAGAAAAACGUGAAAUAAAAAAGGUAUCUUUCUCAGCAUACAAUAUGCAAUAUUAUUUAUAUCAAAUAUUUGUUGUAUUUUAAGAUAUUAGUGAUUUAAUUGUACAAAGAUAGAAAUUAAAUCGAUAUAAAAAUUAUUUUCAACUUACUUAUGGAUUAAGAUCAGGGUUUACGAGAAAAGAGCAGUCGUAUGUGCGAAUUUGUCAAGACUUUUACAUCUAAAGUGAAGUAAACAGUACGAUACACAAAAAUUAAAACACAUUGUUAUUAUUCUUGGACAAAAUUACAUAUUCGAUUGUUCCUUUAUUCGGUCGCUCUAAUCAAAAUAUAUUGCAGCAUUUAUCGGUGAUGCAUUACAAUCUUUUUUUUAUUAUUUACGUUCAUCUAUCGCGGCCGCCGAUCACGUGGCUGAAAUCGAGCAACUCGUAAAACGAUUUCUUUCUCUAAGAAUACAUAUAUACACAUGCGUAGUUAUAUAUAAUAACAAAAAAAAGGAUGGAAAGAAAACAAUAAAGAAUAAAGUAAUAGAAAGAAAAAAGUCUUAUCGAAAUAACACCGGCCAGCCUCGUAAACAGCAGCCGCGUAUAAAUAUAUUAAUAUUGCUUAAAGAUCAUGCAAAAAUGUCAUACAUAGUAAAAUAUAUGUAUGUAUAUAUAUUAUAUGUAUGGAGGGAUUACAUUUAUAGGGUGAGAGACUUGCAAACACGUCAGUUGCACAUAAAAAUGUUCCAUUAAUACGCGUAACCGCAAGUGGUUUCGAUGCGGUCCUUAUUUAUUGGAAAUACGAGGCACAUAACAUUCACCAAAUUUUUAAUAAAAAAUAUAUAUGUGUAUACAUACAUACAUACACAUAUAUCAUUUCCUCAUCGAGCCGCUAGUUCGUUAACCUUGAAUUGUGCUAUAUAUACAUGAUGUGAAAAAUCAUGAGCGCAAUCAAAAAUGGCCAUCGUAUACGCGUCCUCCUUAAUCUAAGUAAUGGUUUUGAGCGCUAAAAUCGAACGUUUUAAAUUCCUAAACAACGCUAUACCUCUUCGGUCGAUGUUACGUAAUUGGUAAAAAAUAAAUUUUUCGCCGGGCUACGACGAAAAUCUCUUACAAAGAAAAAAAAACAGAAAAAGAAAUUGUUGCAGUAUUACAAUGCAUGGUUUGCAUAAUUCUAAUUCGUCUGUGUAAAAA